AUGCUAAAAGCUUACAAACAACUGAUCAAAUACACAACUAACCCCAGGUCGGUCCUUGCCUACCCACUCCUUUUCACCGUUUCAUAAUUGGAUAACCCCCUGAAAGCUCUUCUGAAUCACUCCACCCCCUCUCCCGUUUUUCCCAUUUAUAGCCUCCCUCUCUGAUUCCUAGCCUCCCUCAUUUCUACAAGUUGUCGGCCCCGUGUGGCCACUGUUUUCUGCGUCUCUCCUCCUGGCUAUUAGUGUCCGUUUCGUCAUCGUAGCCUACAACCGAGACCUGUUUGCCAGCGGAGAUUAGCCUGGCGAUCCCUCUCUUUUCGCACCCCCGACCAACCUCAUUCCAGCCUCAUUCCAGCCUGAUUCUCAUGGGAGGCUUCUUCUCGAAACACCACCAUUUGACCCCGGUGCACGAUGCCACGUGUGGACCCGUCAAAGGAGUCGGAUACGAUCAGGUACCACAUGAUUCUCGUGCAGAUUCUGAUCGGACAGUUACAGGAGGACGGCUCGGUGGUCGAUGGAUUCCUGGGAGUUCCGUAUGCGGAACCGCCCGUCGGGCCGUUGAGAUUCCAAAAGCCGGUGGCCCACAGAAGAUGGGAAGAGCCCCUUGAAUGCAUCAAGUUCGGUCCCAGAUGUCCGCAGAACGACGAGCUCCUCGGACAGGUAACAUCCUUCUCCUCUGAUUUUUGAUGUCUUCAUCUAUUUUUGUUUAUUAUUAUUAUUUCAGUUCGUGAACACAGUGGGCAAAAGUGAGGAUGAUUGUCUCACUCUCAACGUUUUCACUCCAAAGUGGGAAUCGGAAGAUUGGGUAAGUGCCCCCUUCACCCUCUUCAUUCUCUUUUAAACUUUCUUCAGCCGGACGGCUUUCCCGUCAUGGUCUUCAUCCACGGCGGCGGAUUCGCAGUUCAUUCGAGCAGCAACUACGGCUGCGCGACGAUCGCUCGUAAUCUGUGCACGAAGGAAGUCGUCGUGGUGACCGUCAACUACAGACUGGGGGUGCUCGGAUUCUUCACAACGGGAGAUGAUGUCUGCAGAGGGAACAUGGGACUGUGGGAUCAGACGGCGGCGCUUCAGUGGGUUCAGAAACACAUCCGAAGCUUCCGAGGGGACCCGAACAACGUGACGAUUUUCGGGCAGAGUGCGGGCGGCGCUUCCGUCGAUCUGCUGUGUCUGUCUCCGCACUCGAGAGAUCUAUUCCGAAGGGCCAUUCCGAUGGCCGGGAACGGAGAAUGCGAUUUCGCAGUUCGAACGAGCCAGCAGCAGGCUCAACUGUCAAGAGAGUUUGCGAGAUAUCUCGGAUGGGAAGGAGACGGUGAGGGAGAGACGGAGAAGGAGAAGAAGGAAAAGAAGGUUUCAGACGAAGACUCGGAAGAUCUGCUCCGUUUCAUUGAUGAACAGCCUUUGUACAAAAUCGAAAUGGGCAUCAAUCCGAGGAGAGGAUUCAAACAUUCUCAGGCGGGAAGUCUCUAUUUCGUGCCCAACUUUGACGGUGAGUUCUUCCCGAAACCAUUGUCCGAAUUGCGAAGAGAAGUGCCGAAAAAGCAGUUGAUGACUGGAACAACAAAGCACGAAGGACUCUUUUUCAGUAAGCGCAUUCCUUCUCUUUCUCUCGAUUAACCCUCUUCUUCCUUUUUACAGUUGCUCUCGGAGCGCUCUCCCGCAAUCCAGAAGGAAUCAAGAAGUUCAUGGCACGAAUCUUCAAAGAAUGCGACUACGGAGCACGCGCCGACGAAGCACUUCAGAUGACCUAUGACUUCUAUUUCAAAGGUGUCCAUCCAAAAGAUAACGAGAAAAACAUAGAACAGAUUGUGAAGGUAAUGAAUCAUUUCUUCUUUUCCUCGUGUCAUCCGAUUCGUUUUCAGUUCAUCGGAGACUAUUCCAUCAACUACGGUACGUACAGAUUUGCGAACGGAAUGGCCGCACUGGACCACGACGUCUACUUUUACUCGUUCGAAUACCACAACCCCGGAGGAUUCGGCAUAUUCCGUUGGCUUCUUCCCUUCCUCGGUCUCUUUCGAUCUCAUUUUCUUUUGCCUCAAUUCUGAAUGCUUUUCAGCGUCCACUCAUUGCACAGAAAUGCGUUAUGUCCUAGGAAAAGGAAUUAUUUCAAAGUUUAGGCCGGACGAAAAUGACAAGAAAAUGAUCGAAGUGAUGACUACGUAUUUUACGAACUUUGCCAAGUUUGGGUGAGAAAAACAAUCUAUGAUCAGGGUCAUUAAAAUCGUUUUUCAGCAACCCGAAUGGUGAAAACGAGAAGGGAAACUGGCAGAAACAUGAUCCGGCGACCCCAUUCCGCCACUUUAAGAUCGAUCUGGAAGGAUGUGAAAUGGCGGAAGACUAUCAGGAAAGAAGGGCCGAACUGUGGGACAAGCUGAGGGCGAUGAAUGUGAGCAGGGCCCAGCUCUGA